CAGGUUCCGCAAAGCGCGCAGGCUCUGCGGAGCGCUCGGGCUACGCAAAGCACGCAGGGUGCGCCGCUUGCGGCCGCGGCGGGCGCUGGUUGCGGGCCGGGCCGGGCCGAAGCGGUGGCGGCGCCGCGUGCCUCAGUGAAAAUGAAGAAUUUAUAUAUUUUCGUUGCUGUCCUGUUCAUCCCGUGGAGUUUGUCUUUGGCAAAGUACGAUGAAUUUGAGGACGGAGAUGACAUUAUGGAAUAUGAUGAUAAUGACUUUGCUGAAUUUGAAGAUGUUAAUGAAGAUGCAGUCACAGAGUCUCCUCAGAGGAUCAUCACGACAGAAGAUGACGAAGAAGAAGCCACUGUAGAGCUUGAAGGUCAGGAUGAGAAUCAGGAGGACUUUGAUGACACAGAUACACAGGAAGGUGAUACUGAGAGUGAACCGUAUGAUGAUGAGGAGUUCGAAGGCUAUGAAGAGAAACCAGAUGCGUCUCCUAGCAAAAAUAAAGACCCCAUAACAAUAGUUAAUGUCCCUGCUCACCUUCAAAACAGCUGGGAGAGUUAUUACAUGGAGAUCCUGAUGGUAACAGGUCUUCUUGCUUACAUCAUGAAUUACAUCAUUGGGAAGAACAAAAACAACCGUCUGGCUCACGCGUGGUUCAAUACCCACAGGGAGCUGCUAGAAAGCAACUUUGCUCUUGUUGGGGACGAUGGUACCAAUAAAGAAGCCACAAGCACUGGGAAACUAAAUCAAGAAAAUGAACACAUAUAUAACUUGUGGUGCUCUGGAAGGGUGUGCUGUGAAGGAAUGCUUAUCCAGCUAAAGUUUCUCAAGAGACAAGACCUCCUGAAUGUUCUUGCACGCAUGAUGAGGCCAGCUUGUGACCAAGUGCAAAUAAAAGUAACAAUGAAUGAUGAAGAUAUGGACACCUAUGUGUUUGCUGUUGGAACGAGAAAAGCAUUGGUGCGACUUCAGAAAGAGAUGCAGGACCUGAGUGAGUUCUGCAGCGAUAAACCCAAGUCUGGUGCAAAAUAUGGGCUUCCAGAUUCGCUGGCUAUCUUGUCGGAGAUGGGGGAGGUUACAGAGGGAAUGAUGGACGCAAAGAUGAUACAUUUCCUCACGCACUAUGCUGACAAGAUUGAGUCCGUCCAAUUCUCGGACCAGUUCUCCGGUCCAAAACUUAUGCAAGAGGAGGGUCAGCUUACAAAACUGCCCGAAACUAAAAAGACACUUUUGUUUACAUUUAAUGUGCCUGGUUCAGGCAAUACUUCCCCAAAGGAUAUGGAGUCUUUGCUGCCUCUGAUGAGCAUGGUUAUCUACUCUAUAGACAAAGCAAAGAAGUUCCGUCUGAACAGAGAAGGCAAACAAAAAGCUGAUAAGAACAGGGCUCGCGUGGAAGAGAACUUCCUUAAGCUGACUCACGUGCAAAGACAGGAGGCUGCCCAGUCCCGUCGAGAGGAGAAAAAACGGGCAGAGAAGGAGCGAAUCAUGAACGAGGAGGAUCCAGAAAAACAGCGACGGCUGGAGGAAGCUGCUUUGCGGCGUGAGCAGAAGAAACUUGAGAAGAAGCAGAUGAAGAUGAAGCAAAUCAAAGUGAAAGCUAUGUGACUCCAUUGUGAGACGCCUGUCUCAGUGCCACCUGCAGAAUUUUAAUUCACAGGGUACAAAGACGUACUUAACUCCAUAAUCCUACACUUUUUUGAACACUACUAGCCAUUAAGGGAAAUGCUCCUUGCAUCGGUGUUACUUAUUUAAGUAUUACAGCAACAUUGCAGGUGUAUGUAGAGAGCUUUGUCUCAGCAGUUUUAUUCCAGGUGGUAUAAAUUUUUGCUACUUGUCUGUUUAAAAAAAUUUGCAAUAUUCUUGAA